AGCGAAGGGGGCCAGUGAGUGUGUGUUUUCUGUGUGCGAGUGUGUGUGCUGAACUGAGCGGAGGUGAAGAAGAGGAGGAUGAAGCUGGGAGCGGAGGAUGGGAGGAAGAGUGGAGUAAGAGACAGGCUAGCUGUGUGUGAAUGAGUGAGUGAGUGAGGAAGAGGAGAGGAAGGUCGUCGGAGGGACCGACAACAAAGACUUGAAUAUUUUGGGGAUAACCUCCGGAACAUUACUAACGGAAACUUUCAACUUUUUACCCGCCACAUCUCGGCUUGUUGUGUCCGGAGCCGGCUUUGUUUCACGUCGGGGGUGUCUACGAUAAAUGAAGGAAUAAAAUAGAUCCCCAUCGACCUUUUUCCACCCAAGCGGGGAAUACCCUGGGACUGCUUUUGAUAAAGGUUACGAGAGAAUGGCGGCCAACAUGUACCGAGUGGGAGAUUAUGUGUACUUCGAGAACUCAUCCAGCAACCCUUACCUGAUCCGUAGAAUAGAAGAGCUCAACAAGACAGCCAAUGGGAAUGUGGAGGCGAAGGUGGUGUGUCUGUUCAGGAGGCGAGACAUCUCAGGAAACCUCAACACCCUGGCUGACAGCAAUGCAAGAGAAUUUGAGGAGGAGUCGAAGCAGCCAUUGCUGUCAGAACAACAGAAACACCAGCUAAAACACAGAGAACUCUUCCUGUCUCGACAGUUUGAAUCUCUACCUGCGACUCACAUACGAGGGAAAUGUAACGUCACCCUCCUCAAUGAAACAGACGUCCUGGCCGGCUACCUGGAAAAAGAGGACUGUUUCUUCUACUCGUUGGUGUUUGACCCUGUCCAGAAGACCCUACUUGCGGACCAGGGCGAGAUCCGAGUGGGCUCUAAGUACCAGGCCGAGAUCCCUGACAAGUUAGCUGAGGGUGAAUCAGACAACAGGAUCCAGGAGAAGCUGGAGACCAAGGUGUGGGACCCCAACAACCAGCUCAGAGACCCUCAGAUCGACCAGUUCCUGGUGGUGGCAAGAGCUGUGGGGACCUUUGCUCGGGCCCUGGACUGUAGCAGCUCCAUCCGCCAGCCCAGCCUCCAUAUGAGUGCGGCUGCAGCCUCCAGAGACAUCACACUGUUCCACGCUAUGGACACGUUGCAGAAGAACAACUAUGACCUGGCCAAAGCCAUGUCCACCCUGGUUCCUCAGGGGGGUCCGGUGCUCUGCCGUGAUGAGAUGGAGGAGUGGAGCGCCUCAGAGGCCAUGCUGUUUGAAGAGGCUCUGGAGAAGUAUGGCAAAGACUUCAAUGACAUCCGCCAGGACUUUCUGCCCUGGAAGUCUUUAGCCAGUGUGGUCCAGUUCUAUUACAUGUGGAAGACUACAGACCGCUACAUCCAACAGAAACGGCUAAAGGCAGCAGAGGCAGACAGUAAGCUGAAGCAGGUGUACAUCCCCACCUACACCAAACCCAACCCCAACCAGAUCAUGGUGCCAGGCAGCAAGCCCGGUAUGAACGGGGCAGCAGGCUUUCAGAAAGGACUCAGCUGUGAGAGCUGCCACACGGCUCAGUCUCCUCAGUGGUAUGCCUGGGGGCCUCCCAACAUGCAGUGCAGACUGUGCGCCUCCUGCUGGAUCUACUGGAAGAAGUAUGGAGGCCUGAAGACCCCCACACAACUAGAGGGUGCUGCUAGAGCUGGCUCUGAGGCAGGCCCCCGCAGUCACAUGACACGCCAGGAGGUCCAGGGCAUGUCACCGUUCACCCGCAACGAGGGUCGAGCCAAGCUGCUGGCCAAGAACCGCCAGACGUUCAUCCUGCAGACCACCAAGCUGACCCGCAUUGCUCGACGGGUGUGUGAGGACAUCCUGCAGCCUCGCCGCGCUGCACGACGGCCCUACGCUUCCAUCAAUGCCAACGCUGUAAAGGCUGAGUGUAUGAUCAGGCUGCCCAAAGCCACAAAAACCCCUCUGAAGAGCAAGUUGGUGCCUCGACAGUCACUGGCCAACAUAGUGAAGGAUUUAGCCAUCUCAGCUCCUCUGAAACUGAAGGCAUCCAGAGGACCCCCGACACCCAUCAACAGGAAUCAGGCCAGUCAGCCUCGCGUGGGCCAAAGCUUGCUGGGAAAGAGAGGCUUUGACAGUGCUACAGGGGUGCCCUACCCAGCCAAUGGGAGGCCGUAUACUUCAGGUAUGAGGACCACCUCGCAGUCGGUCAUCAAGCGGCAGAAGGUCAGCCAGGGGGAGGCUCCCAACCCUGUGGUGUUCGUGGCUACAAAGGACACCAGGGCUCUGAGGAAACAUCUGACCCAGUCAGAGAUGCGUCGGGCAGCGAGGAAACCUCAUCUCCUAGUCCGCAUCAAACUGCCGCCACCCCCCCGCUCCCUGGCCAUGCCCCUGCUCCCCUCCAGCACCAGCGAACCCAUCGUCCUGGAGGACUGAGGGGGAGGGACAGCAGGGCCUUUUAACAGGACAUGGGGGUCGGGUGGGAGUCAAGGAGGGUCUGUGCUCAAGCUGUCACUUGACAGGCAGCACAGUACGCCAUACCAGUAGUCUUUUAUUUUCCCUCUUUCCAGUGUCAUUUUUCUUUAGUCCUCUGUUAUUUCCCAAAAGUUGAUGUGUCCAACACACACACACACACACACACACACACACACACACACACACAAGCACUUAAACA